AUGGUUUGUCACUGCAACAAAAAAGGCACGAAGGGAGUUUCCAAGGGAGUUUCCAAGGCUUCUACUGAAGUUACUAGUGGCUCGUGCAAAUGUGACGUUGCUUCUUUAAUCACCAUGUUUACCGCAAAGCCAACAGUGCGAUGCUUGGGUAAGCGAGUUUUGAAUUAUAGGAUUCAAUUGCGAAGAUCCCUUGCUACAGCCCAGACUACACCCAACCGAGUGCACGGCGGAUUGAAAGACAAGGAUCGUAUCUUCCAGAAUUUGUAUUUACAAAAUUCCAUUAAAAACCAUACGGAGUCUUACGAUUUAAAGAGUGCUAUGAAGAUUGGAGAUUGGUAUAAAACCAAGGAAAUCAUUUCAAAGGGCGAUAAGUGGAUAAUUGACGAGAUGAAGAAGUCUGGACUCAGAGGAAGAGGAGGUGCUGGAUUUCCAAGUGGUUUGAAGUGGUCUUUCAUGAAUCCUCCAGGCUGGGAAAAAAAUGAGGGUCCUCGUUAUGUUGUGGUCAAUGCCGAUGAAGGUGAACCAGGUACGUGCAAGGAUCGUGAGAUCCUGAGAAAGGAGCCCCACAAAUUGGUGGAGGGAUGUUUGUUGGCGGGACGUGCCAUGAACGCUACUGCCGCCUACAUUUACAUUAGAGGAGAGUUUUACAUUGAGGGAGAGACAUUACAAAAUGCUAUCAACCAAGCCUACGCUGCAGGAUAUUUGGGCAAGAAUGCAUGCGGUUCUGGUUACGACUUUGACGUGUUUGUUCAUAGAGGUAUGGGUGCUUACGUGUGUGGUGAGGAGACGGCUCUUAUCGAAUCACUUGAAGGAAAGCAGGGUAAACCAAGAAUGAAACCUCCUUUUCCUGCAGGUGUCGGUGUUUUUGGAAGACCAUCUACGGUGACAAACGUGGAGACUGUUGCUGUGGCUUCCACCAUUCUAAGGAGAGGAGGAGACUGGUUUGCCUCUUUUGGUAGAGAGAGAAACCAUGGUACCAAGCUAUACUGCAUAUCUGGCAACGUGAAUGAGCCCUGCGUUGUUGAAGAAGAGAUGUCAAUUUCUUUGAAGGAUAUUAUUGAGAAGCACGCCGGUGGUGUGAGGGGAGGAUGGGAUAAUUUGCAAGCUGUGAUACCCGGGGGUGCUUCCACUCCUAUUUUGGCUGAAAAAGACUGUCAGGAUAUGAUUAUGGACUACGAUUCAUUACGCGCAGCGGGAUCCGGUUUUGGUACCGCUGCAGUGACUGUGUUUGACAAGCAGGCAGAUGUAAUCAAGGGUAUUCAAAGAUUGCUUGCCUUUUACAAGCAUGAAUCGUGUGGUCAGUGUACUCCAUGUAGAGAGGGGUCGAGUUAUUUGGCUAAGAUGAUGGACCGGUUCAGCACUGGACAGGCCAAUGAGAAAGAGAUUGACCAGGCUUUGGAGUUGACCUACAAAGUGUGCGGCCACACUAUUUGUGCCAUGGGUGAAGCCUUCAGUUGGCCGUACCAGGGAUUAGUUAAGAACUUCAAGCCUUUGUUGUUGGACAGAAUUAAGCAGUAUAAGAAGGAGCAUGGUUUUACCGAGGAAGGAUUGGAGAACGGUGGUUGGUACCAUGAAGUCAAGGUGGAGAAUGGUAGUGUUUCUGGUACUCCGCUUCCAAAGGACCCGUUGUAUCAUUGA